CUAUUUUAUAUAAAACAAAUUUAAUUGGUUAAUUUGUAGAAGAAACUCAAGACUUAUGGAUUAAACCUUCUAAGGCAAAACAGUCACUCAUUACUUCCAUUUUUACGACAGUUGAAAUGUGUUUUUCACAAUUCCAUUUACCUGUCUAUCUGUCUGGAAAUUUGUGUCAAGGAAAAUCACAGAAAAUGAUCAGUUUUUAUGAACUUGUAUGUAUUCGUGUUUGUAGUUUUAUCUCAGCAAUGCCUGUUCAAUAUUUUCCAAUUUUGGAAAAGGUGUUGUUUAAUUAUGUAAAAAGCUCUGGAGUAUAUGCAACUUUAAUAAGUGAUAUUUUAUGCUUUGUUGCAAGGUAUGGUUCAGCAGAUUUAUGUUUUUCAUAUUGUUCUUUUCUGGUUGAACUCUUAAUGAAAUCUGAUGCAGAGAACAAUAUCAAUAUGUUGCACAUCAGAUUUCUUCUUAGAAGAAUAGUAAAAUUUCUGAUACCAAAAUAUAAAAAACAUUUUAUAGAGAAAUUUCCUCUAUCAGAAAAUUUAAACUUAUGGAGUAAUCUUUCAUUAAACACAUUUUUAAAGGAUGGCUUAUAUACAUCCAAGAAAGAAUUACUAAACAUAUAUAUUGUCAAACUUCAACAAAUUAAUGAAGAAGAAAUGACUCCUCAGAAGUAUUUUGAUAUG